AUGGGGUAAUACAAAUGAUAUUUGUGCCAAACUUGGUUGAUAUUAAGUGUAGUAUGUGCUUAUCAUAUACACCGAAUUUCAUAUUUCUUACAGUCGUUUUGUGAUCACAGUGAUUUUUCAAAACUUGCCUAAUUUUUCAAAAUUUUGUCGAAACUGACAAACUUUGCCGUUUUAUAUAUUGGGUAUUACUAGCGCUAUAAAUACUAAACUUGGUGAUUAUUAAUUAUGGACUAUGUAUACUAUGUGUCUUACAUUUCAUGUUUUUACAUUGCAUUUGACGGUUACAGUGAACUUUUAAAACUUGUCUACUUUUUUAAACUUUUCUAAGAAAAUGUCGAAAUUUUUGCAUAUCUUUUUAAUUUUACCGCAUCCUUCGUAAAAUUUGCGUAUUUUACAUUAUACCACAAUGCUUCUACACAUCCCUUACAUUCACUAACCUUAUUUUACUUUCAGUUUCGCCACCAUUACGUCGUCAGCAGUGAUAAUUCCGUCGACGGCGACGCCGUUGGAGUCGGUGCCCGGCUCGGCACAGGCGAUGGCCGCCGCCUCCGCCAGCAAAGCGAAUCGGCGGUGGAAGUCGAAGAAUGGGGAACGGGUCCGCGAUGCCUGCGGCUAUCGCCUGCGGGCGGCCGGGAUUUGUGCACGCCGCAAUUCGGCCGGCGAGUGGGAGUUGUUGUUGGUGUCGGCGCAACGUGGUCCACAUGGCUGGGUGAUUCCGGGCGGUGGGAUUGAGCUGGGCGAACAGAUUCAUGAAGCUGUGUUGAGGGAGGUAGAAGAGGAGGCUGGAGUCAGAUGCGAGAUUCUGGAGACGUUGGGCGAGUUUAAGGUGAGUUAUUGAUGAUUUAUAUGAUAAAUUUUUGGGUGUUAAGGAUAACAUUGUGCCUCAAAGUAAUAGUAAUCACAUUUAUUAUGUUAAACUGACAUUUUCACAUUAAAAAUCACAUGAAAGAGAAGGUUAUCACCCGGCCAGACAUCAAAAUAUACAGUUUUUGCUAAUUUUUAUAGGAAAAAAGGUCAAUAUAAAUCGCUAUUUUAGGCUAAAAAGACAUCUUUUACUAGUAUAGACAACAUAAAAGUGAAAUUUAUAUUAACAUAGACAAUAAAACUCUAUCACAAUCUAAUUUUGAGCUCAAUUUUUGAUUUUUAAACCCAAAAGUCUUCUCCUAUACCUAAAACAACAUCGGAUAUCCUAGUAACACCUUUGAUAACCCGUAUUUCAGUGUGAUGACCGACUCCACCGUACCACAUUGUUCCUUCUGAACGCCGUGGAAGCGUUGGACGAGUGGGAGGAUGGUCGGAGUGGCAGGCAGCGACGAUGGGCUGAGUUGAGGCACGCGUUCGAGCUGGUCAAGCCCACACAGAGGAUCAUGUUGGAGUUGAGUGCACAGCGGAUGUAA